AUGUCAGUCGACAUCAUCUCAACAUUGCAAAUCCUUAUCAAGUUGGGGUCGGAGAUCAAGACGCGACUCGACUCGCUCGACCAUGCCGCCGAGGAUCUUCAGCUCUUGACCACGAACCUGAGACUUCUGCUAUCGGUAUUCCAAGAUCCUAUCGGUGAGGACGUCAUAAGAAACCAUUUGUCAGAAUUUGUGAAUAUUCUCGACAUCCUACAAAGCAUUGCGCAAUUAUGCAUGAAGUGCGCAAAGGUUCUGGAUAUUGACCUUGAUGGAGCGACAACUACAUCCGAUAAGACAGGGGCAUGCGGUAGGAAGUUUGUCAAGAGACUACGAGCUUUCAACAAGAUUCCCGACCUUCUUACCGAAGUUCAGCGCAAGGCUGAGCAACUUCAGAGGAUAUAUACCGCAGUCUCCACAGUCCUUAUACACGAUAUCAGGGCGCAACAAGGAAUGACAAACGGGAAGGACGUUGUCAAAUCCACCGGUUCUGCGAACACAUCCGCCAGUUGCGGGAAUCUGGUCGAACUAGCCAUCAGUACCGAGUUUCCCAAUAUCGACCAGUUGGUGGGAAAUCUUCUAAAGGAAUGUGAACACCUCCGGCAGCGGCUCCAGGAGUCCAUUCUGUUACCUAAUACCUCGACUGUUGAAGAAUACCAAGCACAGAACCCGGAAGGGACAUUAUAUGUAUCAUGGGCGCGGUUCGUGCAUGAGACGGAAACUUCUUUCGUUCUCAGCCAGAUCCCUACUGCCGUUCUGCACACCGGCAACAUUGACGUUUAUUUAAGCUUAAAAGGCUAUUAUUUAAUUAGCUUUUUAUUUAAGGAAGAAGAUAAGGUAUAUUACUUAAGAGCUAUUUUUACUUAUAUAACUUUAAGUAGCUUAUUAACUUUUUAUUAA